AUGGGGGUAUACGAAGAGGCGAAAUUACGUAUAGCUAGUCUGCAGUGUAAGGUACAACGCGUACAUGAUGCGGGGGUGGCAAUUGAAGCAGAUCCGACCAACAAAACGGCGAAAACCAAGUUUAAAAUAAUGUAUGCGACACUUGAAAGUGUAGCGAAUGAUUUCGAAACACAGUUAACGAUCAUUAUAAAACAUCAAUGCAAAGGGCCACCCUCGUCGGACGCAGUUAUCGAGGAAAAACUGCGUAUGGAAUUCGAGGAGAAAUAUGUGGGGUGUAAAAUCUUCGCUGAUGAAUACCUACCUGAAGCCAUGACUGAUGCGUCACUUAAUAAAACAUUUAUUGAAACAAAAACCCAUGUUAAUCCUAAUAAGUAUUAUCCAAUCGAAAAAUUAUCCAUACCCAAGUUUGGUGGUGACCCAAAAGAAUAUAUUAGUUUUCGGAACAUGUUUGACAAAACAGUAGGGGAAGCAGAUAUAUCGGCGAUUUUUAAAUUUAGUCACUUAAAAUCGUAUUUAGUUGGAGAGCCUCUGAGCUUGAUAGGGAAUUUAAUGCUGACCGAUAGCAAUUAUGAUCUAGCCUUAUCACUGUUAACUGCACGGUAUUCAAAUCGUCGGGUCAUAGCCGGAAACCAUAUCGAAGAGUUGUAUAAUGCUCCGAAAGCAUUUAUUAGCGAUGGAAGUUCUAUCAGAAAACUAUUGAAUAUUAUUGUCGAGUCAAUCGGUGCGUUAUCCAAUCUAUCAUACGCAGUGGACCAAUGGGACCCGAUUAUUUUACAUUUACUUCAAAAAAAACUCGACCAACCACUUCGAUCCCAAUGGGAAUUAUUGGUGGAUACAACGGAAGAUCCCACCGUGACAGAGUUCACUACUUUUUUGACUAAGUAUUGCAAAUCUGCAACCGUUUGUCAAGAAAUCACCAAACCGGUAACCAAAGUUUACAAACCAGGAAAAACGACCACCCUGUUCAGUAAUCAUCAUGCAGGAAAAGCCACGCCAGAACAAUUAGAGAAAAAGACAUUUACCUGCCAAGUGUGCAAAAGUCAACCAGGACAUUUGCUCAUACAUUGUCCACUGUUCAAGGAGAAAACGCCGACCGAACGCCAUCAAAUUAUUAAGGAUUUGGGGCGAUGUUUUAAUUGUUUUAGUGCGCACAUGGCUAGUGAAUGUAAAAAUCCAAGGAAAUGUGCUGAAUGUGGUAAAAAACACCAUUCCUUAGUACAUCUUCCUAACGCGGUAGAAACAGUCACUUCUGCACAUAUUACUGUCGCGGCAUCUGAGACAAAAGGUCUUCGUACGUCUGUUCUGUUGGCGACCGCUGCAGUAAUUAUUCAAAGUGAGAAUGGAGAGACCAUCAAGGUGAGAGCUCUGCUAGACAGUGCAAGUCAAAGCAGUUUCAUCACUGAACGAUGCGUAAAGUGUCUAGGUUUAACUCGAGGAAAGUGUGACAUUACAGUGCAGGCUCUAUCUGGUACCCAAGUUCCAAUGGUGAGAGGACGCGCUAACGUGAACGUGCAUCCGGUUGAUUGUGACAGCCCACACUUUAACGUUGAUGUUCUCAUCUUACAACGUAUCACUGGUUCUGUUCCAUCGGAACGUAUGUGGGAAAAAGCGUGGCCUCAUACAGGUGGUUUGAAGUUAGCCGACCCGGAGUACGCUCAAGCACUACCGAUCGAUUUGUUGCUGGGUGCAGAUGUUUUUCCAUACCUCAUAUUGGGAGAUAAAAAAGAGGGUGACGUUGGUCAGCCGAUAGCCUUGUCAACCGUUUUUGGAUGGGUCCUCAUGGGAAAAGUGUCUACUGCGCCGAAAAGCAAAAUCGUAACCCUAUGUGCGACCACCGAUUCCAUCGAUCGAACUCUGCAGCGGUUUUUAGACAUCGAAGAUAUACCAACAGCCGUUAAAAGUAACAUUGGUGAUGCGGAAUGCGAAGAAAUAUAUCGUUCAAGUACCACGCGUCAACCAGAUGGACGAUAUGUUGUGCAUUUACCGUUUACACAAUAUCCGCCAUUUCUGGGGAAAUCCAAAGAUGUGGGUUUAAAUCGCUUACGUCAGUUAGAAAACCGAUUUAAGAAAUCAUCAGAACUUCACAGUGAUUAUAACAACGCCAUGAAAGAUUAUUUGGAUUCAGGUCACAUGUCUAGAGUGACCGUCAAUCUGGGAAAAGAGGAAAACGCCUAUUAUAUCCCUCACCAAGCUGUCUUGAGACCGAAGAGUACCACCACGAAAAUGAGAAUAGUGUUUGAUGCAUCUGCAAAGACGACCACAGGUUGCUCACUGAACGAUAAGCUUUUCUGUGGCAAAAAACUUCAACAAGACUUACCAGCCAUUAUACUACGUUUUCGGUUACACCCUGUGGUAUUUACCGCGGACAUAAAACAAAUGUUUCGUCAAGUGGUUGUCACAGAAGAACACCGACCUUACCAACGAUUAUUAUAUCGAUUUUCUUUGGACGUACCCGUGGAAGAAUUUCAAAUGAACACUUUAACGUUUGGACAAAAAUCGUCUCCAUUCCUAGCCAUUCGGACUUUACACCAAUUAGUGGAGGACGAAGCGGCAAACGAUAAACAUGUACAAAAGGUUGUAUUACACGAUUUGUACGUCGACGAUGUAGUCACAGGUGCCGAGACCGAAGACGCGGCGAUUGAGCUUCAGAAAAAGCUAAUAAACGUUUUUUCCAGGGGCAAGUUUGAAUUGCGCAAGUGGUCAAGUAAUUCCAAUCAUCUGUUACAACAAGUACCCCCAGAACACCGGCAAUCCCAGCCAGUUACAUUUGCUGAACAUGGGUCGGAAUAUACAAAAGUUCUUGGACUGAACUGGGACCCAAUAAACGACUCACUCAGUUACCAAUACCAACCAAACCCAGUGAAAUACAGUAAGCGUGCUGUGUUGUCAGAGAUUGCCAGGAUUUACGAUCCUCUUGGACUAUUGUCUCCAGUUACGACGGAUCUCAAAAAGCUAAUGAAAUACCUUUGGCUAAUGGAAGUGAGCUGGGAUGAACCACUACCCGAAGAUGCAGCAGCUGCAUGGCUAAAAUAUCACCAAGAGUUACCGGUGCUAACGACCUUACGAAUUAACCGGCACGUCACCCAUCCUUACGCCACAUACGAACUUCAUGGGUUUAGUGACAGUUCGGAAGCAGCUUAUGCUGCUGCGGUGUAUUUACGCGUAACAUUGGAGAACGAAGAAUCGUAUUGUCACCUCUUAAUGGGCAAAUCAAGGAUAGCACCGGCGGCAAAAGUAUCCAUACCGCGAUUGGAGUUAUGCGGUGCUGGGCUUCUAGCACGAUUGUUGUCUUUCAUGCAAGCGAAUAUGACACUCAAGUUUGUAAGCGUAACGGCAUGGACCGACUCUACUAUAACCUUAGCUUGGAUAAAGUCACCCACGGCUAAACUAAAGACAUUUGUUGCUAACUGA